GGCCGCGGCUCGGGAGCGGGAUGCGGUGGCGGCUCGGGGAGGCCGUGCGGCUGCUUGAGGCGAUACCAUGCACCCGGCCGCGGCGGUGGGGUUGGUGUUCGGCGGCUGCUGCAGCAACGUGGUGUUCCUGGAGCUGCUGGUCAGGCAGUUUCCAGGCUGUGGGAACAUAGUGACCUUCUCCCAGUUCCUCUUUAUUGCUGUGGAAGGGUUUAUCUUCGAAGCCAACUUUGGGAGGAAGAGGCCUGCCAUACCAAUCAGGUACUAUUUCAUCAUGGUGGCCAUGUUCUUCACUGUCAGUGUGGUGAAUAACUAUGCCCUGAACUUAAACAUCGCCAUGCCACUGCACAUGAUCUUCAGAUCAGGCUCUCUCAUAGCAAGCAUGGUUCUGGGGGUCAUCAUUUUGAAGAAAAGAUACAGCGUGUCUAAAUACACCUCCAUCGCCCUGGUGUCCCUGGGGAUAUUUACCUGCACUUUCAUGUCUGCAAAGCAAGUGGCUUCUGACUCUGGCUUACAUGAAGAGGAUGGACUCCAGGUUUUCUUGUGGUGGCUGUUAGGUAUUGCUGCCCUCACCUUUGCCCUCCUCAUGUCUGCCAGGAUGGGGAUUUUCCAGGAGAUGCUGUACAAACAGUUUGGGAAACACUCCAAAGAGGCUCUUUUUUACAAUCAUGCCUUACCACUGCCUGGCUUUCUGCUCCUGGCCCCAAACAUCUACCAGCAUGCUGUCCUCUUCAGCCAGUCUGAGCCAUUCCAGGUCCCAGGGAUUGGGCUGACUCUGCCAAUCAUGUGGUUCUACCUGCUCAUGAAUGUCAUCACUCAGUACGUGUGUAUCCGAGGGGUGUUCAUCCUCACCACGGAGUGCACGUCCCUCACGGUCACGCUGGUGGUGACGCUGCGCAAGUUCGUCAGCCUCAUCUUCUCCAUCCUUUACUUCCAGAACCCCUUCACUGCCUGGCACUGGCUGGGCACUGCCUUUGUCUUUGUGGGGACUCUCAUGUACACAGAGGUGUGGAACAGCUUGGGGCCCUUCCUGGCUCGCUGCAGGAAGAGGCUGAAGGAGGAGUAAGGAGCCGAAGGACUCUCUGUAAAGGAUUAUCUGCAGGGGGAUCCCCUGGAGCUGGAGGCUGCUUUUAGCACACCAGGGAGGGUUUUGGCUGUGCCAAGCUCCUGGGAAAGGUGAAACCUCUGCUUGGAACCUACCUGAAACAGAUCAUGGAGAGCCCAGGUGGUUUCUCUGACAAGGUUGCAUGGGGUUUGUUAUGCAGCCCUUUGGCUUCCAGCCUCUCCCCCUGCUUUGGUUUUUGUUCUGGUUCAAUAACCCUUUCUAAAGUCAUGGCAAAGCUGCCCCAGUUCUGUGUUAGGAGCCCAGCCCUGCUGUGCUGCUGUAGUCCUCUCCUGGUGUUGCUGUUUGGUGCCAUCCAGGUGGCUGUGGCAGAUGCUUGAGCCCCAGGCACUGCUGGUUGUGCUGUUACCCUGGCAGUGCCAGCCCUGCCUGAUGCCACAGGGCAAACACCCUGCCAAGGGAACAGAGUGUCACUGUGUCACCUUCACAACCUUCUCAGGGAGACAGGGAGGUGCUGUUGAGGCUUUGCUGAGUCCUCAGGUGUUGCCCUGAUACUUGAGGGAUGGUGGGUUCCUCCUGCUUUGGUUGGCUCCUCACUGCAGGUCACUUGUUGGUUGCUUCUUACUUCUUCCCUCAUCACAAGUGUGUUCAGUGGGCUUUGUUGGACUGUGCUGAGCCUCAGCCUAGAUCCAGCCCAACCUCAGGGUUCAAAAGAUGCCAAGAAGGGCCAGUACAGCUGAGCUUGUUCCUGCUGCUGGUGGAAAGGGGGGAGCUGAUGUUACUGCUGCUUCACCCAGUUCUCUUUUCUCCUCUUCUCCCCCCUCUUUGGGCAUCAGCUUUGCUUGUGGCAUUUCAACCUGAUUCAUAUCAAGGCCUUUCAGUCCUCCAUGUGACAUCCUGAUGGUGUCCAAGCUCAGGUCACAGCCCCUCCAGGGUUCAGCCUCUGCUUGUGAUGGCUCAUCCCCAACUGGCAGCAAGACCCUGUCCCCACAGCAGGGCCAGACUGGGGCACAGAGAGAGCCAACCCACGAAAAGAUGUGAGUGGAGCUCAAGAUGGUUUGAUAGCAAAGGAAAGAGGAAAGGGGGGAGGAAUAAACCCUAAGUGAACCCACCUAGUGUGCCCAGCCAGUCCCCAAGGAAUGGCCACCUUCCCAAAACCCACAGCAUGACAGAAUGGUGGGGUUGGAAGGGACCUGCAGAGCUCACCCAGUCCAACCCCCAGCUAAAGCAGGUUCUGGAUCAGGUCACCAUACCCACCUCUUGUCCUUAUUGCUGCUUUGUGGCUGUGUUGGUUGUCCCAGCUGGUGAGGCAAUAAGGGGAAGCAAACAUCAAGCUGUGGAGGCACUGGGUUAGCCACAGCUCCAGAGCUCAGCAGCAUCAGGGGCUGCUGCAGAAGCAAUGAACUCCAUCCCAAGCAGAGCCAGUGUGACAUUCACUCCUUCAUGAAGGGUUUCUCCACAGCUUUUGGUUUUUCCCCAUUUGGAGUGUCAGGGGUGAGAUAUUUGUGAGGCCUUUGUAGAUGGAGAGACUCCCAGCAGCUGCCUCAGUGCCUGCUGCAGGUCAGCUCACGCUUCCAGCUGGUCACAGAAGCUCCAGAAAGGCCUCAGAGAGAAGCAAAACCUUAGUCCCUUCUCUCCAAAGCUUCAGCUCCCUCCUGCUGUAGGAGACAGGGUGGGUUUGCCCACUGGGGAGAUGGAGGAAAGGUCCCUGCAGAAGGGCCCUGUUAGCCAAAACCCAGGGCUUCCCCCCCAAAAACAGAGCUGCCAGCUAGUUUGGGUUUAAUGUUUGCUGUAGAGGUAACAGCACAUGUUUUUUAGCAGAGGCUGGAGCAGUGAGUUGAGCCAAAACACUUUGUGAUGAAUGUUCUGGGUGUGCAGAGCUUUUGGGGUGGCUGGAUGGGUUUGGGCUGGGAUUGUUGUUGGUUUUUUAAACAGAAUAAAU